AUGACGUUCAAUCCAUAUUCUCCAACUUUUGAUCUACAUAACAAUGAAGUCAUACUAUUUGCAAUUAUCAAUAACUUGCAACAUAUUGAUAACCAUCGCGAGAAACUAUUCAAUAAUUGUUUAUUCAAUGGCGAUCCAUCGUUCACAGAAGUUUUGGGAACUUUGAAUUUCGAAGAAAAGCCGCCCGACUUAAACUACACCUACAAAGAAUGGAGUUUCAUCCAGAGCAUAACCGGAAUUGAUUUUCUCAAGAAAAUAAGUUUCAUGGCGAAGUUGACAUUGCCCGAUCAAAUUGUUAUUCUCAAAAAUAUAUUCAUCCAGUUUAAUAUCUUCUCGAUUGCUCACUCCUGCUACACUACCAAACUAAGUCGUCUAUCAUUUCCGAAUGGCAGUGAGAUACCAGAACCAAACAUAUACGGAGUCAGUGAUAAUCUCAGAAUUAGAAUUCAAGGAAGACUAUUGGCUCGGCUUAUUGAACUGAAAGUGAGCAAGCCAGAGUUUUUAUUGGUCAGCGUCAUGCUGUUAUGUGAUCCUUGCGCCCCGAACCUCUCCGACCAUGGAAAAAUUCUGAUUACUUCCCAGCAAAAAUAUUAUGCUUCAGCUCUCCUCCAACAUUGUCUCAUCAACUAUCAGAACUCUGGACCCUCCAGAUUCACAGAUCUCUUAUUCCUUCCUCAAGCUAUUUUUAGCACCAUUGAUGAUUUGAAAGCUCAUUAUCAACUGUGUCAAUUUUACCAGACAUCGGACAGGCUACACACAAAGAAGAUAUUUUUAUGCAUUGAUUAA